AUGUUUGUGAAAGCCUCUAUCGCCGUUGUGCUCCUUCUCGCCGCCACCGCUCACGCCGGAUUCUUGGAUGAUGUUCAAGGAGUCUCUUCGGAUGUCGGAAACUUCUUCUCCACUCAAUUCCAGAAUGCCAAGGAUUUGUUCUCGAACAAUCAGGAUGAAUUGACCAAGAACGUUGAGAGAGUCAAGGAAUUGUUGACUGGAUUGAAGGAGAAGGUCAAGGGAUUGGAGCCACUGGCCAAUGAUGCACAGAAGGAGACAUUGAAGAAGGUGGAUGAGUUCUUGGCAAAGGUUACCGAGUUCCAGACAGAGGUCAAGGCCGAAGGAGCCGAGAAAUUCGAGGAGAACAAGAGCAAAUGGAACCAAAUGGUCACUGAUAUCUUCGAUAAGGGAGGCCUCAACAGCGUUAUGAAACUUGUCGGACUCCAAAACUCUGCUCCAGUUUCUUCGUUCGUCUCCGCCGCUCUUGCUCCAGUCUUCUACAUGAUCUUCGUUCACUAA